CCCAUUUUGGAAAGGAUUGAUUUGGUGUUUGUUUGGUCGCAGGAUUGAUUUGGUAGCCAUGGCCAUUGCCGCAGCAGCAACAGCGACAGUGACAAUGGCGCUGGCGAGGCCAACGUCUAAUAUGUUGCUGACAAGACACAGGGCUAGGUGGGUCUUCACUCCAUUUGCUGUUUCUUCUUCCUUUACUUCGUCUUCUUCUUCUUCAAAGCCUUCAAGAGCCCUCAUUCUCUACUCCAAGCCCGGGUGCUGUUUGUGCGAUGGCCUCAAAGAAAAACUUCAGGCUGCCUUCUUACUCGCUGGCCCUGAUUCUCUUCACGACGUUGAUUUACAGAUAAGGGAUAUUACGAGCAAUUCAGAGUGGGAAAGAGCUUACCAGUAUGAGAUACCAGUGCUGGCUAGAGUGCUUUCUGAUGGCACUGAGGAAACUCUACCUAGAUUAUCUCCUCGUCUCGGGGUGGAACUGGUUCAGAAGAAGAUAGCUGCUGCCUUUAAACAUUAGUGGGUUUUGGACCCUGUGUAGAAGUGAAGUUUUUUCAUUGGCUAUUUGGCAUGUAUCUUGAAUGAUAAAGGAAUUUGUAGUUCACAUCAACUUUGUAGCCAACUUUUAGUGAAUGGCCAGACAAAUUUUCUUUUGACCCUU